AAGCUGGACCACUGUUUUUUCUUGCCCAGAACCCUUGUUCCCAACAUUCCAAUCCAUUCUCUGUCCACACUAAAAAACACAUUUUUCCAUCUUAAACCAACAACUGUACGUCUCCGCAACAAGUUUUCACUUCCAAAAUUCAAGAAUUCCAGCAAGAUUUCCCUUUGUGGGUAAUGUAUAAUUGUGCUUUUUAACUUUUCAUUUGAUUACAGAUGGAAGGAAGUGAAAUUAAGGAGGAAAAAGAGGCAGGUAUAGGUCAGAAGAAGAAAAUAUUUGUUGCUGGUGCAACUGGGAAUACAGGGAAGAGGAUUGUUGAGCAGCUUUUGACUAAGGGUUUUGCUGUUAAAGCUGGGGUUCGUGAUGUUGAUAAGGCUAAAUCUGUCUUACCUGAAGGAAACCCUCUUCUUCAAAUUGUGAAAGCCGAUGUGACAGAGGGAUCAGCUAAAUUAGCCGAUGCCAUUGGUGAUGAUUCUGAUGCGGUAAUAUGUGCUACGGGUUUCCAGCCUUCGUGGAACUUGUUGACACCUUGGAAGGUUGAUAAUUUUGGCACAGUGAACCUUGUGGAUGCAUGCCAAAAACUUGGCAUUAAUAGGUUUAUCCUUAUAAGUUCGAUUCUCGUCAAUGGAGCUGCAAUGGGUCAGUUGUUCAAUCCAGUUUAUAUAAUCCUUAAUGUUAUGGGGCUCGUAUUGGUAGCAAAGCUUCAAGCUGAGAGAUACAUUCGUAAAUCUGGCAUCAACUACACAAUAAUUCGGCCUGGUGGGCUAAAAAACGAUCCUCCACAAGGAAAUAUAGUCAUGCAACCAGAGGACACCCUUUUUCGAGGCUCAAUAUCUAGAGAUCAGGUGGCUGAAGUUACAGUUGAGGCAUUGCUCCAUCCAGAAUCUCAUUACAAAGUCGUGGAGAUAGUGGCUAGUACAGAUGCUCCUAAACGUUCAUUCGAGGAGCUCUUUGGUUCAAUAGAACAACGUGACUUGUAAGCAUGGAACUUUUAUUUCGUCCACUACAAUGUUUCUUUGAUAUAUACCAUAUGCAACAUUUUAUCUUGUGUAAAUGAUGAUGCUGUUGUGAUCUGAACUGGGUAAAAGGUCCGUAAAUGGUCACCUACGUUCCCUGGGAAUAAGUUCUUGCACUAAAGAAUUGCAAUUAGUAUUAUUUCUAGAAAUUUCCACUUUUCAA